AUGCCGAGCUCGCCACCAAGCUCAGCGAGAAGGAAUCUGGCAAGUAGAUACAGUCUGCAACGCGAGUUUGAGAUUGAGGACCUCCAGAACCAGAUUGCCCAUUUGGAGGGUCGCGACCUGCCCCAGCAGUCGUCAUCAUCGACCGCUGCUGUCAACAUCACUUCUGAGGAGGAGUUGGUUGCCAAGGUCAAGGAGUCACAGCGUGGAAACAUUGUGUUCUCUGCCGAGCAGGACGAGAACGCAGCAGAGGAGGAGGAGCUUGAUGAGCAGUACCUCAACGAUGCCCUGGCCGUGGUCAAGGAGGAGAACCUCGCCGAGGCUGACGACGACAUCAUCCCAAUGGAGAUCAACGAGAUGCCCGACUUCCGCCCACUGUCCAACCAGCUGAUGGAGCUCGAGCUCAAGGAGGUGGAGCGCAUCGCCACCAAGUACAUGAAUGAGCCCGUCAACGAGAAGACUGCGUCGGACGUCCUGGACGAGAUGUACCGCGCCGACCUAAAGAACAACAUCUUCAACGAGAGCGUCAUAAAGCACGACUACGACGUGCUUCGCGCCGACCUCGGCGACAUCCACAUGCCCACUGACGUGAGCUUUGCCUACGACACCACCUUCAAGGAUCUGGUGGACCGCGACGUCCUCUUCAAGAUGCCCCUGAAGGACACCGAUCUGGUCAGAGUGAUCACACAUCAGCUGACCGAGUUUGGUCUUGUCAGACAGGAGACCACCCUCAAGGAGGCUCCAGACAACAUCCCCGUGCCCAGAGAGAUCAUCGAGGAUCCAGCCAACGCCGAUUUGUUCCCAGAUAUCAUGGACUCUCUUGCGCCAGGCAAGAAGUUUGGCGAGUCAUCCACCACCUCAUCCACAUCCACUCAAACAUCAACCUCAGCAUCAGCGACCUCGACUACCACCACUGGAACAGGUUCAGGAUCUGGCUCAUCGCGAGUGACCAGCAGCGGCAGCAACAACAACACAACAAGCAGCAGCGAGAAGACUGAGACCACCGCCACCGCCACCACUGCACCAGUGGAGGACGCCAACACAUUUGAUAGAGACGCGAUCUAUGAUCCAAGACGUGUGUACACAGAGUUGAUGCCAGUGUUUGAGGACAAUGGAGUCAUUGCACUGCCACCAAAGGAGGACAUUAGAAAGAAGGUCAGCAAGGAUACAUCAGGCGAUGUUGUUGGACCCGCAGGCUACACAAUGAACCAGAUGAACUCACACGACCUUUGGUUGAUGGGCAAGCCAUUCGAUCUGGCCAAGUUCCGUCUGGGCGGCCAGGAGAACCCGCUGCCAGUGUUCAGCCAGCCCAAGAUGGACGAGGGCGAGAUCGACCAGGACGGAGACGAGGAGGACGACGCACCAUCGCCCGACCCCGCGCUCUUUGAGCAGUCGGAGCUGUACCGCCACUUCCAGGAGGGCAAGGGCGAGGAGUGGUUCGGCCCAGAGAAGGUCGGCGACAAGCACAUCGACCCACUCAACCAGGCCAUGCGCUGGUAUCCCCGCGAGCAUCUGCCCACCUACCCAUUCGAGUUUAUCGUUUCGCACAACACUCAGGACCAGUUCAAGGAGGACUUCUGGAUCAACCGCAAGGCUAUCAUGCUGGUCAACGUCGCCGCACUCAACCUGCCCGAGGUUGUCGAGCGCCGUCUGGCCGAGAUGACCAGCAGCCGCUUCAACGCCGAGACCCGCGUGCUCAAGAUCGUCGCCAACAAUCACAAGUCGCAGAGCGAGAACAAGCGUCAGUGCCGCACACUGCUCAACGCACUGCUGCACGAGGCCUACCUGGCCGACCCCAACUUUGUAUCGAUACGUCCCGACAACUACUUGCCCGAGAAGCCCGUGUCGACCUUUGUGCCAUCCAAGUCUGCCAAGGAGCUGGGCAAAUUCAACCUCUUCCGUCUGACUGGUUUCCCAACUCUUCAGGUUCAACAACAGCGUAACAAGCAACUUCAAGCAAUCAAAGAGUUUAAUCUUAAUUAA